GUUUCAGAAGAAAUGGCUGGCCGCCGCCUGAUUCAGGGCUUAACCUCCCCUUGGUCUGUCGGAUUUUCGGCUUUUGGGCUCGCCUAUGGUGGAUACCACGUUUGGGACUCAACCCAAUCAGGCACCAAAUACGAUCUUCACGAGGAUCUUGCCGGCAAAACGUACAUCGUAACCGGUGCCACCUCAGGCAUCGGCCAGGCGACUGCAGAAGAACUGGCAAAACGUAAUGCACGUGUCAUUAUGGCUUGCCGGAAUCGCGAGAAAUGCGUUCAAGUUCGCCGGGAUAUUGUCCUGAAUACCAGGAACAAGCAGGUAUACUGCCGUCAAUGCGAUUUGGAAGAUUUUGACAGUAUCCGAACGUUUGUCCAAAAGUUGUCCAAAGGAAAAUUCGAAUUGGAUCGAAUUGAUGGAAUUGUGCAUAAUGCGGCGAUGAUGCAGAGUGAACGGGCUGUAAAUAAAGAUGGAAUCGAAAAAACCAUCGCCACAAAUCACCUGGGAAGCUUUUUGCUCACCGGACUCCUCUUGGACAAGCUCCUCGCCCAGCCGAAUCCCGUCCGAAUUGUAUUUCUAAAUUCGAAUAUUAUCGAUCGAAAGUGUGACCUAAAUUUGGCGGAUUUCAACUCAGAAAACGCCGGGAAAAAAUUCGAUGGAUAUGAGAUUUACAAGCACUCGAAACUGGCGUCGGCUCUUUUUACGAAAGAGCUCUCUGAGAGGCUUUCCGAUACGAAUAUUCACGUUUUAAUGGCAGAUCCUGGACGAACAAAGUCGAAUUUGUCGGCUCAAAUGGAUGGACAGACGUUCUUUUUGAGCCGGUGGUUGCUCAAAAUUGUUAGUUUCGGAAUGGGAGAACGCCGAACGGAGAAAGCAGUGAGACCGGUGCUUUUUGCACUCUGUGAUCCGGAUACUUCAGACGAGAAUGGACUAUUCAUUGACCGCGAACGUCACCAACAACCAUGGAAUGACGUCAUAAUGGACGCUGCAAAACGUGAAAAACUCUGGAAUGUCAGUGUCACAUGGACACGGCUCGGCGAGCAUUUAAAAAAAAUGAAGGAGGAGCUCGGCGAGGCGGCGGCAAUUCAAAUUUCUGAGAAUAAUACACCGACAAUUGAAUCGGCAACGGCGGGAUCCGGAGGAGGAAGAAGCUGGAAAACUCUGUGGCUUUGGUAGAAAUUCCAGAGUUUGGGCGGCGGGGCGAAUUUGGUGGAAAAAUUUGAAAUUUUGAGUGAAAACUAGGCGGAAAAUUGGAAAAUUUGGCAAUUUUUGAGCGAAAAUCGAAGAAAUUUCAUUUUUGACCCAAAAAUUUGAACAUUUCAGACAAAAUUUGCUAAAAAAUCGGAAAUUUUGAGUAAAAUCCUCAUUAAAAUUGCAAUUUUUUAUUCAAAAAUUUUAAAAAAAAACCUAAUUUUUAGUUUUUUACCCAAAAAUUUGAACAUUUCAGCCGAAAAUUUGCUCAAAAUUUUGACUAAAAUCCUCAUUAAAAUUGCAAUUUUUUGCUUUAAAAAAUCGAAAUUUUAGCAGUUUUUCAGGCAAAACGGUACAAAAUUUGAAAAAUUACAAUUUUAAUAGUUUUUGACCCAAAAAGUUGAAAUUUUGAGCCAAAGCUAUACAAAAUUCGAAAAAAUUUUUUCGAGAAAUUUUUAAUUUUUUUUGUGUAAAAUUCGAAAAUUUAAUAUUUUACAAGUUUUUGACCCAAAUUUCCCGAAUUUUUGAAAUUUUCACUCAAAAUUCUUCGUUUUUUCGAUCUACACGACAUUUUUCGCAUUUUUUCCCCAAAAUUUCCAAUUUUUCCUCCAAUUUCCCCAAUUUUUAGCCAUUUUUUCUAGUUUAGGAUCCUCAUUUUCUCAUUUUUUUUCGUUGUUUGUUGAUUUUUUAAUAAAAAAA